UGUUUUCCAUUUGAAUAAAAUAUUUUUUCUUACCCCACUGGCAGAUAAUUUUGCUUGUUUUAAGCAAAAACGUACUCGUUUUUAUUUAUUUAUUAGAAAACAAGAAGCUAUAUAAACAUUUUUUUUCAGUGUAAUAUGCAAGAUAAUGACAGCAAGUGUGCUGCUGAUGCGUGGAAAUAUAUGACGUAACUCACAGUAAGGUAAUUCCACAUCCAUUAAACGGUUGCGCUCUGACGCAAUUGCCCUUUUUAGGGGACAUUCGUCAGAUAAUUAUAAUAGGCUACUAGGCCAGCAGCAAAUGCCUGUUGCUCCACUGAUUGAAUUGAAAGAAAAGUGCAUGGGCGUGCAUGGGCGUGCAUGAACUGGAAAUUCAACACCGGGACUAAUAAAGCUCAACCAUGGUAAAUCCCUGAAUACUAUUGCAAAUAGCUUUGGCGUUUCUGUUUAAUGUAUCCGUAAGCAAAUGGGGGAAAAUACAAUUUAAUUUAUAGAUAUUUGGAAUGGAGCUAUCUGAUCUCGCAUUUGAACGAAACUGCAUCUCUGGGGGCGAAAUCUCCAAUACCAUUAGCCAGAUCGAAAUGCAGGUAUCCAAAAGCCCUUUAAUCGACGCCACUGUCAAUGCAGUCACAUCGAGGCAAGAGCUGCGGUGGAUAAUCGAGCCAGUGAUGCCCAGUGAGAGCUUGGACCAUACCAGCGAACCAACAGCAACUGAGAAAGGAAGAAAUUUACAGCUCAGUCCAGAUGAAGAGGAGAAGAGAAGACGGAGAAGAGAACGUAACAAGAUGGCGGCUGCCAAAUGCCGCAACCGUAUAAGAGAACUUAUUGACCUUCUGCAGGAGGAGACUGAGCGCCUGCACAUGGAGCAGAUCGUGCUGCAGAGGCAGGUGAGCUGCCUGCAACAGGAGAAGGAACAGCUGAAAAUGCUGCUGGCAUCCCAUGCAUCCAUCUGCACACUGGCACAGGAAAAGCCUCAUUCCUUGGACACCUUUCUGUCACGAGAGCUUCUACCAUCCAGAAUCUCUAUCACAAUAAAACAGGAACCUCUGGAUGAUGUUAGUCGGUCGAAAAGUUUGGCGCUCCAACAUGCAGUGGAACUGACAGAGAAAGGCCAUGACUUACACUAAAUUCAGUGAAGAUGCACAAGCUCUUUUUAAUUCAAUAUCUCUGUAAAUACCUCAUUACCCUAACCUUACGCAAGAGACAUUCUGCAUUCAACAUCCAACUUUUCCUGUGGCAAGAAACCCAUUCCAGAUGGGAGUGUAAUCACUUCUGGUGCUCUGGCUUUCUGGUGCCACUUCUUAUGCUCUGGUGUCAUCUUUUCAUUAUUUGUUGAGUGACACAAUAAGUAGCAUUUGUCUUUUACAUCGUGAUGUUUUGUAACAACGGCUGUUAAUGUUUGGUAUGUGGUAAAUCUGACUCUAAAUGCACUGACCUUAUACAUUUAUCUGAUUUCUCAUAUACACAAGGGCUCGACAAUAAGAACAUCUCGAUGUUGAACAUAUUGAACAUUGCUGAGAAUUGUGCUGACUGAGGUAUAAGGUAAUGCUAUCUAGCUGGCUCUGAAGUUAAUGAUUUGUAAUAGAAAGCAUCAGUUAGAAUGGUUUGAAAAUUAUAAACCAAAUCAAUGACGUUUAACAUCACAUCAUAUAAUUUUCUAAUCAACUGUCAUUAUAGUUUUUUUUUAAAUAAUGAAAAAAGUAAUGUUCAAUAAAACAUGUUUAAACUUGUUUUAAGAAUAAAGUGAACUAAAAUAAUUGUAUUAAAUGUA